ACGUCAUUGGGUGUGACGCAGAUGUCAGUCGCUCUCUCGGGCAUCGGAUGAGACCGUUUGGCGAAGAUGGCGGACUCGCUGUCGUCAGGUAUAGGAGAGGAGCAGGAGAAGGAAAAGGAGGACAAGGAGAAGAGCGGGAAGGCUUCCAACACAGAAAAGAACGAGGAGAAGGACGGAGUCACGGAGACGUUGGGGUUUCACGAUAAAAAUGGCGGCAGUAAGAGCAAGAAACGCAACCUGUCAGACUUGUCUCUGGUCAGAUUCAUAACCACUGAGCUGACUAGAGGAUACUUCCUGGAACACAACGAGGCCAAAUACACAGAGCGCAGAGAGCGGGUCUACACCUGCCUCCGCAUCCCCAAGGAGCUGGAGAAGUUAAUGACAUUCGGCUUCUUCCUCUGUCUGGAUGCCUUCCUCUAUGUGUUCACCCUGCUGCCCCUCAGGGUCAUUCUGGCCCUUUUACGGCUCAUCACGUUGCCUUGCUGUGGCCUCAGUGGCUCCCGCCUGCUGCAGCCAGCUCAGGUGUGUGAUGUGCUGAAGGGCUUCAUCAUGGUGCUGUGUUACUCAAUGAUGAGCUACGUGGAUUACUCCAUGAUGUACCACCUUAUCAGGGGACAGUCUGUCAUCAAACUGUACAUCAUAUACAACAUGUUAGAGGUGGCGGACCGGCUGUUCUCAUCAUUUGGUCAGGACAUCCUGGACGCUCUGUACUGGACAGCCACCGAACCCAAGGAGAAGAAGAGAGCGCACAUAGGCGUGAUCCCUCACUUCCUCAUGGCUGUGCUCUACGUCUUUCUCCAUGCCAUCCUCAUCAUGGUUCAGGCCACCACUCUAAACGUAGCCUUCAACUCCCACAACAAGUCCCUGCUUACCAUUAUGAUGUCAAACAACUUUGUGGAGAUCAAAGGAAGCGUGUUCAAGAAGUUUGAAAAGAACAACCUUUUCCAGAUGUCCAACAGCGACAUAAAAGAGAGGUUCACCAACUACAUCCUUCUGCUCAUCGUCUGUCUGAGAAACAUGGAGCAGUUCUCAUGGAACCCUGACCACUUGUGGGUGCUGUUUCCUGAUGUAAUCAUGGUGAUAGCCUCAGAGGUUGCAGUGGACGUUGUGAAGCAUGCCUUCAUCACCAAAUUCAAUGACAUCAGUGCUGAUGUGUACGGAGAAUACAGGGCCAGCCUUGCCUUUGACCUGGUCAGCAGUCGACAGAAAAAUGCUUACACGGACUACAGUGACUCGGUAUCCAGAAGAAUGGGCUUCAUCCCCCUUCCUCUAGCUCUGCUGUUGAUCAGAGUAGUAACCAGCUCAGUGAAGAUCCAGGGUUCUCUCUCCUUUAUGUGUGUGCUGCUGUUUUACUUGGGGAUGAUCACUCUGAAGGUGCUCAACAGCAUCGUUUUGCUCGGGACAUCGUGCGUGUUUGUCAAAGCGGCCAACAUGGAGGAGAAGCUCUUUGACCCCCCCCCCUCCGUUGUCUCCAGCCGUGCAAACUCCAGAGCUCACCGCACCAAGCACGACUCCGCUGCACCGCAGCAAGAACCGUCAGCUGACAAAAGCAAGAUGUCGCCGGCAGCAGACGGUCCUCCGCCUGCCAACAUGGCGGAGAGCUGCGCCCCAACACUCCCCAUGAGCGACUCGGACACAUUCCUGACCACGCCAGACGAGGGGGACGAGGACAAAAUCAUCAACGCCAGCAGCGGACUGGAAGGGGACCGACUCGAGCACAGAACGCCCAAGAAAGAUUUGCUGGAAAUAGACCGGUUCACCAUCUGUGGCAACCGAAUAGACUGAAGGACACGCGAAGCGACCAUUCGACCGCGUCCUGGCUCAGCAGCCAGGUUCAGGGAUCGGACACGGGUUGCGCAGCGUGCUGGGAGUUGAAUCGUAUUGUGCACCCGACCCUCCUCCCCCCCCCCGGAGUAUUUAUUUAUUUAUUACUGACAAAACCAGCCAAGGCGUAACGCUGUUACCACAAACGUCAGAGGUCCCCUCGGAUGUUUCCAUCUGGUACCGUCGGUACCGCGGGGAACCAGGCGAGUCUCGGUUGUCGUGGCAACCACGACGACGCGCUCGCUUGUUGCGAGGAUUGUGAGAUAAACCGGCGUGCGGAUCUGGGGCAGAAAACUGCACAUGUGAAAUAGUAGGAAAUUGGGUGGCUGUGUGAACGGCAGCUGGACUGUGCGAAUACGUGUUCGUAAGGCAAGCUUAUGUAUGGGCAUUGUUGUUUUUAAAAAGAACAAAACUUGUCGAAUUUCUUUUUUUUACAUUUUUGUUAUUUUACUUCAAAAGCCUAAAAUGUUCAGGUAUUUAAAAUGAAGUUUUUUUUAAUGAAGAAUCUUUUUGCUGAAAUCGACCUGCAGACAUUCUUGGAGCGCGGACGAGGCUCAUCUCUAUUUUUACACGACUGUCCCUUUUUUAACACAGCUAAAAAUACUACUUGAAACCCCCAAAAAUGUACAUUUCUUUUUAGAAAUCCUCUCAGUGGCUAUUUUUAGAUUUCACAUUAUAAAUAAAUUGAUUAAAUCAAUCCAGGCAAUGCAUUUAGGACCUGUUAAUGCAGCGCACAUGCUUCCAAACCCUGAAUAAUCAACUGCAUUAUCUAGUUAACAAAACUGCAAGUGCAGACAGUGCAGCUCCCCCCCCCCCACCUGCGCGUCCGCGCUCCAUUUGGCUGAACAAGAAGACGGUGCCUGUUUGUAAAGAUGAUUUAUUUUGAAGUGGACUCCCAAGACAGAAAAGUUUGAAUGUGGUUUAUUUUUUUAAUAUAAAAUUAAUUUUAUUUUUCUUUAUUUUAAUGCUUCAUCUGUACACUCACUGCUACAGAAAACCAUGUCUCAGUGUAACACCAGCGGGUUCAAUUCUUUACUACUGUCUUGUAGUGAAGUGCGAAAUAAGUCUGAUUUGAUGAAGAAAUGUUAAAGGAUACAGUGAUACGGGUGAAAGGCCUUUAAAUAACAUGCAGCAUAAUGGAGGGUUAUUCAGCACUGGGUGAACCCAUUGGUUGUUGUUUUUUUCCCCAGCAAAAGAAAGUUUGGCUUGAACUCUAAAAUUUGCUGGCUUUGUUCAUUGAGGCGCACUCCAAAUCCUCGUGUACCCAACAGUUCUCUGAUGCUGCAGCUGGAGGCACUGUUUGACUAAGCUGUCAGGCCGGAGAGGAGGGAGUCACAUGACCUUGGAUAAAAGCCCAACUGAUCCAAGUCCAACCUGCUCCCAAGUGCUCUGGCCAUUCCGUCUGAAAUUGAGUCACAGUGCUCACAAAAAUAUUCUAUUUCGUGAAAACGAAAUAGCCUGCACUCUUAAAAAAAAUACCCGGAAGCAUUUUUUUAAUAACUUCUGCUCUGAAUAUAAGGAAUGGCAACUUUGGCAAUGGAUUAAAUAGGCAUUUAAAAAAAUUACGUGUGUGUGUGUGUGUUUGAGAGAGAAAAUUUGCAGUGUAUGAAUGGAUCUCACUACCUGAAGACACAUUAUAUGUAUCAAUGGGAUAUUUCAUUGUUUCAUGUACAUCCCAUUUAUGUAACAUAUUUCCUACAUGAUAGACGGAGAAUAAACAAAAACAACAUUUUUUAACUCUG